UUCGCAAGCAAAUACGCAUUUUAUAUUAAGGAUUUCCCAUUCAAACAAGAAGAGCAAAAUAAAAACUAUGAGGACAAAGGAAAUAAAAGAAUAAUUAGUUGAUCUUUCCUCAUCAACUGAAAGAUCUUAACCAACAGAAAUGAACCAUAUAAAGUUGUAUUUAAAUUGCAGCAAAACCGAUGGAGUGCUCAGACAUAUAAGUUUCAUUAAGAAAGAAAGGCCUGCAGGAAUAAAGGAAGACAAACAUAAUGAGUUGGCAACUCCUACUACCAGAAUACCCAACUCCGCAACCAGAAUGGGUCCUGGACGAUAUCCGGUUAAUGUUCUACAAAUGUGUCAGAUGGCAGUUUGAAGAAACCAUGGAUCCAAUAAGCUGCCCAUAUCACUACUUCUGUGACAGUACCUAUCCUGGUAACUAUUCACCAGCUGUGGAUAUUCUACUUCUUAUAUUCACUACUGCUUCCUACUUCGCAACUCUUUUCAUCAUGGUAAUGGACAUAGUAGGAAGAGGGCAAACUAGUACUCUGUUAAGAAGAUGUUUUCUGCCUUCUGGUCCGAUUUCUCUACCACUAAUCCUCUUGGCCCUAGCCAACGGACAUCGGAUCAACACUGUCUUUCCUCUGUCCUUGGUUGGCCCUGCAAUCCUCCAGCUGGUUCAUAUCUCUGCUCUCAGCUUCGAGAAUGGAGCUGGCAAGGACCUCAAGUGAGUGCCCAUCUUGUGUGUGCCGAAAAGACGCUUUGAUUGUGGGAGGAAAAAUUGUGUCUUACAGGGGGUGGUCCCUGACCACAUUUUCGGUUGUGGGUGCCCUGUGUUUAAGAAUGAUUUUCAGGGUGUCUGGGGAAACAAAAGGAAAUAUCUUAUUAGUUAGAACCUUCUUGGAGGGUUUAGCUUGGAUCCUUAUAGCUAUAGAUUGUAAAUAUCUAACCACAAAUUCUCCACCAGAGAGAGUAAUUUUGAAAGCUUCUAUAUUUGGAGGCAUC